AUGCUCCACAAGGCCGUCCUUGCUGAGCAACAGCUCAAGAGAAAGACACCCUCGCGCUAUGGAGCUGAUCAGCGCAGGCCGAUGAUCCAAGAGACUCCAAAUCCAAGAGACUCCAAACCGGCGUUCUCACCUAAGUCUGAGCCAAGAGGAGUCUUACAGUCAAGACAAGGACAAGAGCAAGACCAGUUCAACCCCUGUCCUAGAGCUCGCGAGCUUAAGUGCUUCAAGUGUCAAGGCUUUGGACACUAUGCUUAUGAAUGCCGCAACAAGAAGAUGAUGAUUAUAAGAGACAAUGGAGAAGUGGAGUCUGAAGAAGAGAUCAUUGUCUACAAGCCAGAGCAAGAGCCAGAGCCAGAAGAGUAUGAGGCCGUUCCUGUCAUGGGAAAGCUCUGGUGGCCAGAAGGAUCUUAA